AUGCUCCUGAAUCCAGAGAAGUGUACGUUUGGUGUUCGUCGCAUUGAAUUCCUUGGUCACGUUAUCGGUGAAGGAAUGUUGUCCAUCAGUGAUGCCCGGAGAGAGGCACUAAUCAAUACCCCAAAACCAACAACGGUAACAAUGCUGAGGAAGGCGCUUGGUGCAUUCUCCUACGUGCAACGAUGGAUUCCAGGGAUGGCGGACAUUGCAAAACCGUUAUAUGAUCUUUUAGACAAAGAUGGUAAGAAAUUACUUAAAUGGACACCUGAGACAACAGCAGCAUUUGAACGCCUUAAGAAACAGGUUGCGAGACCUCCAGCACUUUACCUCCCGGAUUUCACCAGGCGAUUUGUAUUGGUAACAGAUGCUUCGACAGUGGGUACGGGAGCAAUGUUAGCUCAGCCGGAUCGGUUUAAACCGGAUGGCCCAUUAAAUCCAGUGGCAUUCUUUCAUCACACUCUUUCCUCUAGUGAAAGGAACUAUAGCACCACAGAUAGAGAGUUGCUGGCGAUAGUAUUAGCAGUAAAGAAAUUUCGUGUUUAUCUUGCGGGAAAGAGGUUUGACCUAAUCACCGAUCAUCGGGCUCUGUCAUGGAUUAACGAAAGCCUGGACUUAAACGAUGUUGGCGGUAGGCGAGGGAGGUGGUUGGAAUUCCUUCAACAAUAUCCAUUCGAUCCAAUACAUCGGGCAGGAAAGUCACCAGAACUGGCAAUGGCAGAUUACUUGUCCAGAGUAGGACAUGGAGAGCAGGUGGCAACUCUGUGUAUGGCAACCUCGACAUUAGGUCAGGCUGAAUCGGACAGUGCUUUAAUUGUGCUUACCGAAUCUUUCCCAUGCUGGCGAGGAAAGAUGUCCAUGACGCCCAAAUGUAUUGUCCAGCGGUAG